AUGGCAGUCAGGGCAACCACAACCCUAACUACAAACCCCAAACUCUCAUUCUUCUACCACAAGCCAACCUCCAUCCACGGGAAGCCCGUUUGUCAUACUCGCCUCACUCUCACAAGAUCCUCCACCAAACAAACCACAAUUUCCAUGUCCCUAACCCCUCCCCCUUACGACUUCCAAUCUCUUAAGUUCCAACCCAUCAAAGAAGUCACUGCAUCAUGGUCCUCCCAAGUUCAGAAAUAUGAUGAACUCAAAUCCAAUAUGAUUACCAAAAGUGAUGAAUAA